AUGACUCUUAUCAAAAACUUGACAAACUUUGGCGGAUCUGGUUCAUCUAUCCAAUCGAAAAUCCAUGAAUCAAUUUCUUCGAGUACUGGAAUGAAUGUCUAUCAAAAUGGAUCUCAAGUAACCGAUUCAAACUAUUGCUAUUGGUCAUAUUAUUACAAUAGAUGGAUUUGCAACUACUAUGGUGGAAAUAGACAAUAUUAG